AAUAUGGUCAAUGCAGGAGACAUGAAUGGUUCUGGCAACCUGAUGGAUUUUCUGGAUGAGCCUUUCCCUGAUGUUGGGACUUACGAAGAUUUCCACACCAUUGACUGGCUGCGGGAGAAAUCACGCGACACUGACCGCCAUAGAAAGAUUACAAGCAAAAGUAAGGAAUCCAUAUGGGAGUUCAUCAAGAGUUUGCUGGAUGCCUGGUCAGGAUGGGUUGUAAUGCUUCUCAUAGGACUACUGGCAGGCACAUUAGCCGGCGUGAUAGAUUUAGCUGUGGAUUGGAUGACAGACCUGAAAGAGGGUGUCUGCCUGUCUGCCUUCUGGUACAGCCACGAGCAGUGCUGCUGGACGUCUAACGAAACGACAUUUGAUGACAGGGACAAAUGUCCCCUGUGGCAGAAAUGGUCUGAACUUCUUGUAAGCCAGUCUGAGGGUGCAAGUGCUUACAUUCUAAACUAUUUUCUAUACAUUAUGUGGGCUCUGUGUUUUGCUUUCCUGGCAGUCUCCCUGGUCAGAGUGUUUGCUCCCUAUGCCUGCGGCUCUGGAAUCCCAGAGAUAAAAACCAUCUUGAGUGGGUUCAUUAUUAGGGGCUACCUGGGAAAGUGGACACUUUUAAUCAAAACAGUCACCUUGGUUCUGGUGGUAUCUUCAGGCCUCAGCCUUGGGAAAGAGGGGCCGUUAGUCCACGUGGCCUGUUGUUGCGGAAACUUCUUCAGCAGCCUUUUCUCAAAGUACAGCAAGAACGAAGGAAAGAGGAGAGAGGUGCUCUCAGCUGCAGCCGCCGCAGGAGUUUCUGUUGCCUUUGGGGCUCCGAUCGGAGGUGUGCUUUUCAGUCUGGAAGAGGUCAGCUACUACUUUCCUCUAAAAACCCUCUGGAGGUCAUUUUUUGCUGCUCUUGUGGCUGCCUUCACACUGAGGUCCAUCAAUCCUUUUGGAAACAGCCGGUUGGUCCUGUUCUACGUGGAGUACCACACCCCCUGGUACAUGGCUGAGCUCUUCCCCUUCAUCUUGCUCGGCGUCUUCGGUGGCCUCUGGGGAACCCUCUUUAUCCGAUGCAACAUUGCCUGGUGCAGGAGGCGAAAAACCACCAGGCUCGGGAAAUACCCAGUCCUGGAGGUUAUAGUGAUAACAGCUAUCACCGCCAUCAUCGCCUACCCCAACCCCUACACCCGGAGGAGUACCAGUGAGCUGAUCUCAGAGCUGUUCAAUGACUGCGGUGCCCUGGAAUCCUCACAGCUCUGCGACUACAUCAAUGACCCAAACAUGACCCGGCCAGUGGAUGACAUUCCUGACAGACCUGCUGGCCCUGGAGUCUACACUGCCAUGUGGCAGCUCGCCUUGGCUUUGGUGUUUAAGAUUGUCAUCACGAUAUUCACUUUCGGCAUGAAGAUCCCUUCAGGUCUUUUCAUUCCCAGUAUGGCUGUUGGAGCCAUGGCUGGCAGGAUGGUUGGGAUUGGAGUAGAGCAACUGGCAUAUCACCAUCAUGACUGGAUCAUCUUCAAGAACUGGUGCAGACCUGGGGCAGACUGUGUCACACCAGGACUUUAUGCUAUGGUGGGAGCGGCAGCUUGCUUGGGUGGUGUCACCCGAAUGACCGUCUCUCUGGUGGUGAUUAUGUUUGAGCUAACUGGAGGCCUGGAGUACAUCGUACCUCUUAUGGCUGCAGCUGUCACAAGCAAGUGGGUGGCAGAUGCCUUUGGGAAAGAAGGGAUCUAUGAAGCUCACAUUCACCUGAAUGGUUACCCAUUUCUGGAUGUGAAGGAUGAAUUCACCCACAGAACCCUGGCAACUGAUGUCAUGAGACCAAGGCGUGGUGAAGCUCCUCUCUCUGUUCUGACACAAGACAGCAUGACGGUGGAGGAUGUUGAGACAUUAAUCAAGGAGACUGACUACAAUGGCUUUCCAGUAGUGGUUUCAAAAGACUCUGAGAGACUUAUUGGAUUUGCACAGAGAAGAGAGCUCAUUCUUGCAAUAAAGAAUGCAAGACAACGUCAGGAUGGGGUGGUGAGCAACUCCAUCGUGUAUUUCACUGAAGACCCCCCGGAAUUGCCACCCAACAGUCCUCAUCCACUGAAGCUGCGGCGUAUUCUCAACCUGAGCCCUUUCACUGUCACUGACCACACGCCAAUGGAAACUGUGGUGGAUAUUUUCCGUAAACUCGGACUCCGGCAGUGUCUGGUCACUCGCAGUGGGAGGCUUCUGGGUAUCAUAACUAAAAAGGAUGUAUUAAGACAUAUGGCUCAAAUGGCAAACCAGGACCCUGAAUCUAUCAUGUUUAACUAG